AUGUCAGCAAUCUCCUUCAGUGUUCUAACGGCAGUCUCGUGGGGUUUCACCGGUCUUGCCAUUGUGCUUACGGCAGGCCGGUUCUGGGUCCGGUGCAAGAUUAUCAGAAGCCUCUCCUGGGACGAUGCAGCGCAUCUGCUAGGACUUUUGCUCCUGGUCGCGCAAAUCUCGAUUGUUUCUGGGGGGGCCUCAAUUAUAUAUCAAAUCGCAAGUUUUGAAGCAGGAGACGAUGGCCGCUACGAAGCAGAACACUUGCUUUUCGUCCGUCUUGACGUUGCUGGUAUUCUAGUCUCGUGGUGUUGCCUCUAUGCCGUCAAGAUGUCCUUUUUACUGCUCUACCACCGUAUCUUCCAGGUUUCUGAGAGGUUUGUUCAAGCAUGGUGGAUUGUUCUUGGAAUAGUCUUCCUUACCUUUUGGAUUUUGGUUGCCAGCUCCCUCACUGAAUGCGGUAGUCCAUCAGCCCUAGGACAUAUUGAGAGUUGCGAUACCCCCUCAAUGAUACAUCGACAGCAGGUCUUCGUCAUCUAUGGCUGCGCAGUGAACGUCUUCUCAGACCUGGCUAUCAUGGCAUUACCACUAGCAAUGCUCAAAAGUCUCCAGAUGCGCACGUCAGUAAAACUCGGCCUGGCUGGUGUCUUCUGCUGCGCCUUCGUCACAAUUGCGUUUGACAUUCUACGCGCCGUCGAGACGGACACGAAGGGCCGAAUUGAAGGCUCUACCGCGCUUUGGACGAACCUCGAGUCAGCCGUUGCGGUUAUUGUGUCCUGUCUUCCUAGCGUCGCUGCCUUAUUCAGUCCAAAGAACGAACGCAAUGGUGUCAGGAAUCGCAGUCCUCAUAGGCAACAUUCACUGGUCAUCUCGAACUCCGCGAAACACUGUGUGAGUGCUGGAAGCUCCGUCAAAGAGCGGAUUUAA